AUGGCGUCUCAGGGAAAUUUCAGCGGCGACAACAACUAUGGGGUGCAGCUGGGGGUCAACCGUGGAUCAUUCACCACAAACCACUACCACGUGCCCGUUGUCAAGCAGAAAGAAGACUUUAGCUUUCAUAAACCCUUUGGAGUUUGCCUCGGCCAGGCGCCUCGUAUUGAUCCAGAACUCUUCAUCGGGCGAAAUUCUGAACUAAAUGAGAUGAAAGAAGUGUUGAAACCAGGUGACAGUUCCCGAGGUCAACGACGGCUAGUCCUUGGUGGUGUCGGUGGUAUCGGCAAGACACAGCUUGCCAUUAUUUACGCGGAACGCCAUCAUAAUAUGUACGAUUCGAUCUUCUGGCUAAAUGCAUCAUCGGAGGCCACACUUAAUAACAGUUUUCGAUCGAUAGCUGAGCUGGUAUUUGAUGUACAAGGUCCCGAUGUUCUGGAGGGUAGGCAAGCUUUGAUUCAUGUCCACCAAUGGUUAUCUGACACAAAGAACACACGGUGGUUAUUAAUCUUCGAUAACUUUGACAACCCCAACCUGUUUAAAAUUGAAAAUUAUUAUCCUCCUGGCUCCCAUGGGGCUCUUGUGAUCACCACACGACGGCCAGAUCUCGUCGCCGGGAUUGAUAUCCGGAUUCAGCCUCUCCAGAACGUUGAAGAGAGCCUUGCGAUCCUACAAACCCGGUCCAAACAAGAAAAUGCUAAAUAUGACCCUUACGCCAAGAAGCUGGCGACGCGACUGGAUGGCCUUCCGCUAGCUUUAGCCACCGCUGGGGCAUAUGUUCAGCGACGUUCUUUCACUUUUAAAGGUUAUCUUCAAGAGUACGAGAAACAAUGGAAAAUUGACUCACGCCGGCUGCCCCAGCUCCCGGAGUAUCAAGAUCGCACGCUAUACACAACCUGGGAUCUCUCCUACGCUGAUCUCGAAAAGAAUGAUCCGGACGCCGCCAGGUUACUAAAAUUACUGGCCUAUUUCAGUAACCAGAGCCUUUGGUAUGAGCUUCUACGAGCUGGACUUACUAGAGACUCUCCAAAAUGGCUGCAUGAAGUGAUGGCAGACGAUAUUAGCUUCAAGGGAAUAAUGGGAAAACUGACAGAUUACUGCUUUUUAGAAACUCAGUUGGUACAGCAAUCAUGGAGUAUGCAUGCCUGCGUGCAUGACUGGACACUAGCAAUACUUAAUAAUAAUCUCGAUUCACAGCACUAUUGGUAUGCCUUUGAGUGUGUGGCUGAAUCUACUAUUUGUAAUAGCAGGGAUUCUUUUGAACACCUCUCUUACUCUCGCUUAGCUGCUCAUGCGACAUGGCUUGUGCAGCAAUCCUUCCAGCAAGAUAACCUCCUAUAUAACAUUGCGCCUAAUCAACUCGAUAAAGCUCUUAGCAUUGCAGACCUACUUCGAAAACAGGUCCGACUUAUAGCCGCAGAGCAGAUGUACCAGCUAGCUCUAGCAGGCAAAGAGAAGGCGCUGGGGCCCGACCACACAUCCACCCUGAGCACAGUCACAACCUGGAUUCUCUACAAAGACCAGGGCAAGCUGAAGGAGGCAGAGCGGAUGUACGAACGGGCUCUGGCAGGCUAUGAGAAGGCGCUAGGACCCGACCACCGCAAAACCCAGCAAGUUGCAAAGAGAUUAACUGCGUUAAAUAUUGCAGAUAGGACGUAG